AUGAAGUGGUUGUGCUCCACCGCGCUGAUCUCGCUUUUUGCGACGACAGUGACGAGUUGGCCUUAUGACGAGAACUUCCUCGAAUACAACCUGAACACAAAUCCGGAUGCAACAAAUCCAGCAGAGUACUCUGGAACAUACCCAACCCACUACAAUCCUUCUCCCGACAACUGGCGCUUCCCGUUCUAUACUCUGUUCUUGGAUCGGUUUGUCAACGGAGAACCUGAAAACGAUAACAUCAACGGUACCUUGUUUGAGCAUGAUCUAAAUUCGAACCAAAUGCGCCAUGGUGGUGAUGUGGCGGGCUUGAUCGACACUUUGGAUUAUCUGCAGGGAUUGGGAAUCAAGGGUAUUUACAUUGCGGGUACUUCUCUCAUGAACCAGCCUUGGGGAUUCGACGGUUAUUCCGCUUUGGAUACAACACUUUUGGAUCAACACUACGCUACAAUCAAGCAGUGGCAGGCGGCCAUCCAGGAAAUCCACGAUCGCGGCAUGUACGUGUUGUUCGACAACACCAUUGCUACAAUGGGUGACUUGCUUGGAUUCGACGGGCAUCUCAACAGCACAACUCCAUUCUCUGAAAAGGAAUGGAAAGUCCAGUGGAAGUCCAAUCGCCACUACGUCGACUUCGAAAUGGGAAAUGAGUACAACGCCUCUUGCGACUACCCCCGAUUCUGGUACGAGGAUGGAAAGCCCGUCAAUGCAUCCAUGACCGCCGAAUUGGUUGGCUGUUACGAUAGUGACUUUGAUCAGUACGGUGAUAUUGAAGCCUUCGGUGUUUGGCCCGAUUGGAAGCGUCAGCUGGCCAAGUUCGCCUCCGUCCAAGAUCGUCUCCGUGAAUGGCAUCCUACUGUUCGCCAGCGUCUCAUCCAACACUCUUGCAUGGUUAUCAAAACUCUUGACAUCGAUGGUUUCCGUUACGAUAAGGCUACUCAGUCUACUGUGGAUGCCCUUGGCGAUAUGUCCGAGGCCUACCGACAGUGUGCCCGCGAAGCUGGCAAGCAUAACUUCUUUAUUGCUGGUGAAAUUACCGGUGGAGAUACCUUCGGUUCCAUUUAUCUUGGACGUGGUAGACAGCCUAACCAGAGGAAAUCAGGCGACGACGCUGCAGUGGAAACUAUGAAGUUAACAAACGAGUCUGACCCCCAGUGGUUCUUGCGUGAGAUCGGUAAGGAAGCCAUUGACGGUGCUGCAUUCCACUACUCGACAUAUCGUGCCCUGACUCGCUUCCUUGGUAUGGACGGUCAGCUCUCAGCUGGAUUUGAUGUUCCAGAGGAUUGGGUCGAUGGGUGGAACACUAUGUUGGUCACGAACGACCUAGUCAACGCGAACACCGGUAAAUUCGAUCCUCGACACAUGUUUGGUGCUACCAACCAGGAUGUCUUCCGCUGGCCAACAAUCAAGUGGGGUGUCGAGAGACAACUUCUGGGUUCUUUCAUCACCACCUUGCUUCUUCCCGGAAUCCCGCUUCUCCUCUGGGGUGAAGAGCAGGCCUUUUACGUCCUCGAUGCGACAGCGUCCAACUAUAUCUACGGACGUCAAGCGAUGUCAGCAGCGACAGCUUGGAAGACUCAUGGCUGCUUCUCCUUGGACUCUUCGCAGUACUACAAGUGGCCGAUCGAGCAAGGUCGUCAUGGGUGCGAGGAUGAUACUGUCGCUUACGACCACCGCGAUCCGUCCCAUCCGCUAUACAACAUCUUCAAGCACAUGUAUCAGAUGCGUGAAAACUACGAGGUGUUGAAUGACGGUUAUACAAUCCAAUUUUUGUCGAAGCAGACAGAUGAUGUCCUCUACCCGGGUUCCAACGACACAGUCACCGAGACUGGCAUGUGGUCUACUCUUCGCGAUGCCAGUUCGGUACAAAACCUCACCGAUACUCAAUCGAUUUGGUUUGUCUACCAGAAUCUCAACAGCUCAAAGACCUGGCACUUUGACUGCAGCAGCACGGACAACCAAACCGCAUUGAUCGCACCUUUCGCAGCCAAGACCACAGUCAAGAACCUGUUCUAUCCCUACGACGAGCUGACUCUGGAAACAGGAGCAAAAAAGCUCGGUCUCAAUGGAUCUACUGAAUUCAACGGCUGUCUCUCCUCAUUGAAACUCGAAAGAUAUGAAUUCCGUGCCUAUGUUCCGAUCGACAAGCACAUCAAGCCCCGGCCCAUGGUCACCGAAUUCUAUCCCGGUCACGAUGUUCCGAUGCGCUCCACCGUCAAGGCCAACGCUGAGGAGACCGUCAAGGUCGCAUUCUACUACUCCGAGGAGAUGGAUUGUGACUCGAUCACCGAAAACCUGAGCUUCAACUCGUCCACCGAGUUCCUCAAAGUCCCCACAGUCGACACCGCCAGUGUCAACUGCUCAAAUAUUAAAACAACUGAAACUUCUUAUACUGGUCAGAUCCCUAGUGUUUGGAUGUGGUCUGCCAACCUCAACGGAGUGUACAACGGUGUCCACCGCUUGAACGUGAGAAAUGCAACCAACAAAGCCAAGACUGCCUCCACAAACUCCGUCGACCACUUCCUUCUCCGCAUUGGUCAGAUUGAUAACCCGAUGGUUUUCAGCACUGCCAAUUACUCUAGCAGUUUGUUCCACAGGGAUGACAAUGGAACCUUCUUUGUCCAGCACCACGCUGCAGGUGCCGACAAGUGGCGCUAUUCCACCAACUGGGGAUCGACAUUCUCUGAUUGGAAAAAGUAUACCGGUGGUAAUGACACCGUUACUGAGCUCGACUGGUCGGGAACCAAGAAACAGAGAUGGAACGGUCACCACGUCCGUGUCGAGUACUGGAACCGUUGGACUGGUAGCAGUGAUUAUGUCCAGCAGGGCGAUGUCGACCCGAAACAGACUCCCCGUCGUUUCCCUCAUCUCUUCUUCAACGGCCCUUACAACCAGUAUGGAUACGACGCCGGUCUUAGGAAUCAGGCUGAGCUCAACGAUGAUACCGGAUACUGGAACUACCAUUUCACUUCUGAAUGGCCCGCAGUUGGACAGCUCAAUGUCUGGGGUAUAAACCCGGACGGCAAGCCUGACCAGAGUAUGGUGCUUGGUGAUGCCGAUGGUGACAGCAUUCUAGAUCGCAUGCCGCCAUCCUCUCUUUCCGCUACUCUGAUUAACAUCACUAAGGCUCCCAUUGAUGGCCAUCUGGCAUGGAAGUUUUACAUCAACGAUGCUACUUUCAAGUACACCCUUAUUCCGGUCGGUGACCAGAAUGUUCAGAUCGCCAUGUUCGUUCUUUUCUGGAUCAUCCCUCUUCUUACCGGUUGCGCAUGCGUCUACAUUUUCAUGAAGUCCUUCUACAAGGUCAAGUUCAACCAGGUCGGUGUCAGCGAGAAGCACAGCUUGGUUCCUCUCGCCUUCUGGAAGAAGCUCAAGCCUUCUCGCAGUGGAGACCAGUCUCUGAACCCUCUCAUGCGCCUGGCGAACAAGUCCGGCUUUAUGCAGAGCACCACAGCCCUCGGCACACUCGGCGCUGCUGGGAAGCGCCGCAUGGUGCUGAUUGCGACUAUGGAGUACGAUAUUGAGGAUUGGGCCAUCAAGAUUAAGAUCGGUGGUCUGGGUGUCAUGGCUCAGCUUAUGGGUAAGACUCUUGGUCACCAGGACUUGAUUUGGGUUGUUCCUUGCGUUGGUGGUAUCGAUUACCCCGUGGACCAAAUUGCAGAGCCUAUGGAAGUUACCAUCCUCGGCAGCGCAUACCAAGUACAGGUCCAGUACCAUGUCUUGAACAACAUCACCUAUGUCCUACUCGAUGCUCCUGUGUUCCGUCAGCAGUCAAAGACCGAGCCUUACCCUGCUCGUAUGGAUGACUUGGACAGUGCCGUUUACUAUUCAGCUUGGAAUCAGUGUAUUGCGGAGGCCAUCAAGCGUUUCCCUAUUGAUGCCUACCACAUUAACGAUUACCACGGAUCCCUGGCGCCUCUCUAUCUUCUGCCAAACACCAUCCCCGCAUGUCUUUCUCUGCACAAUGCCGAGUUCCAGGGUCUCUGGCCCAUGCGAACCCUUAAGGAAAAGCAAGAGGUCUGCUCCGUCUUCAACCUCGAGGAGGACGUCGCUCGUCGGUACGUCCAAUUCGGUGAGGUGUUCAACUUGCUCCACGCCGGAGCCAGUUACCUCCGUGUUCACCAGCAAGGUUUCGGUGCCGUCGGUGUGUCCAAGAAAUACGGAAAGCGUUCCUACGCCCGUUACCCCAUCUUCUGGGGUCUGCGUAAGGUUGGAAACCUGCCUAACCCUGAUCCUUCUGAUGUCGGCGAAUGGACCAAAGAGCCCACCAAGGACGAAGAUAUUACCGUGGACCCUACCUACGAGGCCAGCCGUCCUGAUCUCAAGCGUCAAGCCCAGGAAUGGGCAGGACUCGACCUCAAUCCCGAUGCCGAUCUGCUUGUCUUCGUUGGUCGUUGGUCUAUGCAAAAGGGUGUUGAUCUUAUUGCUGAUGCCAUGCCUGCCGUUCUUGAAUCCCGUCCCAAUGUUCAGUUGAUCUGCAUUGGUCCCGUUAUUGAUCUCUACGGAAAGUUCGCCGCUCUCAAGCUUGACCACAUGAUGAAGGUUUACCCGGGUCGUGUGUUCUCAAAGCCAGAGUUCACUGCUCUCCCGCCGUUUAUAUUCUCUGGUGCUGAGUUCGCCCUUAUCCCGUCCCGUGAUGAGCCCUUCGGUCUAGUUGCCGUCGAGUUCGGUCGUAAGGGUGCCCUUGGUAUUGGUGCUCGUGUCGGUGGUCUCGGUCAAAUGCCUGGUUGGUGGUACAAUGUCGAGUCUAUUUCCACAUCCCAUCUACUCGUUCAGUUCAAGCUCGCCAUCGAUGCUGCGCUUAAUUCGAAGACUUCUACUCGUGCAAUGAUGCGUGCUCGUUCUGCUAAGCAGCGUUUCCCUGUUGCUCAGUGGGUUGAGGACCUUGAAAUUCUGCAGUCUACUGCCAUUCAGGUUCACAACAAGGAAGCCGCCAAAGGCCACGCUCGUCCUGGUACUUCAUCUGGCAGCACUUUCGCCGGUGCUAUGACUCCUCACGCAAUCAGCAACCCCAUGAACGGUCUGCCUUCGCCUGGUCUUCCUCCUGGUUUCGCCCAUUCUCGUGACAGCAGCUACUCCUUCAACCAGAUGAACGAUCUUGGCUCUCAGAACAAGAACAUCUACAGCCCUGAGCCCGAUGCCAAUGAGACUGAGAAGCCCAAGUCUGGAUUGAGCAGGUCUCUUUCUCUUGGUGUUCGCUCCGGUCCUGGUCACGCAGCCCGCCGUAGGGCUGCCGCCGCCGAGGGUAUUCCCGAAAGCGACGCCGAUGCUGAGGACAGCAGCGACGAGGACAUAUCUCAUGUUGUUUAUGGUGACGAUGAAGAGUACACUCUUACCCCGGCUCAGGUUGAAGCCGAGCGCCGUGCCCAAGCAUCCCAGAGAGAGCGUGGUCUCGCUUCUCCUGGUAUCGCUUCCCCCGGUUUCGGCACACCUGCUAGACGUCUCAGCCAGGAAUCCAUGCACCCCCGAUUUAACCUGCCUCCUACCAGCCCUGGAACACCACCCACCGCUGAAAACCUUCUUCUGCCUCCCCCUACUCCCUUUGGCGACUCCCACCGCUACAGCAAUGCCUCCGUUCUGUCGCUCGACUCCGUUGUCGGACAAAAGAAGGACUUCAAGCUGCAGAAGGUUGAUCCUUUCUUCACUGAUAGCACUGGCGAGUACUACAAGACCUUUGACAAGAGACUGGAUAACCUCAAUGGAUCCAACUCCGAGUCCCAGCUUUGUAUUGAAGAGUUCUUGAUCAAGAGUGAACAGCAAUGGUUCGACAGAUUCCGCAAUGCCAGACUUGGUCGCCACACCAAGUCGCCCACGCCCUCCAUCAUGCAAUCCCGCAACGCCUCGCCUGUCUCCUUCUACGAUAACGACCUAGCCUCACACCACAACGGCAGCGAGGAGAAUAUCACUGACGACGAGUUCCUUCUCGGAAAGGAUUACGUUCCUCCUACUGGUCUCAAGAAAUGGAUGCAGAUCAAGCUGGGUGACUGGCCCGCCUACUCCAUAUUGCUUGCUCUUGGUCAAAUCAUUGCUGCGAACUCCUACCAGAUCAACCUGCUCACUGGCGAAGUCGGUGAAACCGCAGAAAAAUUGUACGGCAUUGCGACCACCUAUGCCAUCACGUCUGUCUGCUGGUGGCUCGUCUACCGCUACUUCAAGUCCGUUGUCUGUCUCUCGAGUCCGUGGUUCCUGUACGCCAUUGCAUUUAUCAUCAUUGGCUCUGCUCACUGGGUUUCCGAUGAGUUCAGCCGUGGCUGGGUUCAGAAUAUCGGCAGUGGCUUCUACGCCGCCGGCUCAUCCAGUGGAUCGAUCUUCUUCGCAUCCAACUUUGGCGACGAAGGAGGUGCGCCCGUUGAAACCUGGAUCUUCCGCGCCUGUGUCAUCCAAGGUCUCCAGCAAGUCUAUGUCAUUGGUCUUUGGUAUUGGGGUUCAACUCUUACAAAGGCCUCCCAAGAAGGUGUUCUGUCCGACAACACCCUCGCCAAUAGCUGGAAGAUGACCGCUAUUUGUUACCCAAUUGCCGCCUUCCUCUGCAUCGUCGGUCUGCUCCUCGCUUUCGGUCUCCCCAACUACUACCGCCAAAAGCCUGGCAAGGUCCCCUCCUUCUACAAAUCCCUAUUCCGCCGCAAGAUUGUCAUCUGGAACUUCAUCGCCGUCAUCCUGCAGAACUUCUUCCUUAGUGCACCCUACGGUCGCAACUGGAGCUUCCUCUGGAACUCAAACCACACCCACCCCUGGCAAAUCGUCAUACUCUGCAUCAUCUUCUUCGGCGUUGUCUGGUGCAUCUUCCUCUUCAUUGUCAGCAAAUUCUCCAAGCAACACAGUUGGUUCAUCCCCGUCUUCGCCUGCGGUCUCGGUGCACCACGAUUCAUCCAAAUCUGGUGGGGUAUUUCCGGUAUUGGCUACUACCUACCCUGGGCAGGCAGUCUCACAUCCGGCGCCCUAGUGUCACGAAGUGUAUGGCUCUGGCUCGGAGUCCUAGACUCCAUCCAAGGUCUGGGCUUCGGUAUCAUCAUGCUACAGACUCUGACGCGUGUGCACAUGUGUUUCGCGCUCAUUGCCUCGCAGGUGCUCGGUUCCAUUGCGACUAUCUGCGCUAGAGCUUUCGGUCCCAAUAAUACCGGACCGGGUCCUAUCUCGCCAGAUGUCACGCAGGGUGUCCAUGCCAUUGCCAACGCUUGGUUUUGGGUCGCCCUGUUCUGUCAGUUGCUGAUUUGUGCUGGCUUCCUACUCUUCUUCCGCAAGGAGCAACUUGCGAAGCCUUAA